AUGGAGCUGGGUCACUUCCCAAAUGUCACCACCAAUGCCACCUUUGAAGGACCAGGGGACACCGAUGGCAUUUUUAUUACUUUCUUCCUGGGAUGUGUCCUGGCUUUGAUGUGUCUGGUGGGCACUAUAGGCAAUAUCUAUACCUUGGUGGUCAUAAAUUCUUCCAUGAAGCUAGGAGGCUCCAUGUACAUUUAUAUUGUUAACCUGGCCCUGGCGGACCUCCUGUAUCUGUCCACUAUACCCUUUGUGGUCUGCACCUAUUUUGCCAGGGAUUGGUACUUUGGGGACAUUGGCUGUAGAACCCUGUUCAGUCUAGACUUCCUCACUAUGCAUGCCAGUAUCUUCAUCCUUACUGUCAUGAGCACUGAGAGAUACUUGGCUGUGGUAAAACCUUUGGACACUAUCAGCCGAUCUAGGAACUACAGAAGAAUGGUCACUGGCAUUGUGUGGCUGGUGUCCUUCCUCCUGGCCCUGCCUACCAUGAUCCUCAUAGACCUUCGCACAAGCCAUCGAGAUGGGGUGACCAAACACAUGUGUCACCCAACUUGGCAGCUGGGGGCCUAUAAGGUCUAUCUCACCAUCCUCUUCCACACCUGCAUCUUGGCCCCUGGACUGGCCAUCUGCUACCUGUAUGGCAGGCUGGCCAGGACCUACUGGCAGUCCCAGACAAGUGUUGUCUUUACUGCUGAGAGAACCAAGAGGUGCCCCCGGGAAAAGGUCCUUUACAUGAUCUUCAGCAUUGUCCUCACAUAUUGGAUUUGCUUCAUCCCCUUUUGGCUUUGGCAACUACUAAGCAUCUAUGACCAGCAGCCAGGGAGUAGUGCUGGGAACACUGGAGUCUAUAUCAACUUCAUUGUCACUUGCCUGGCCUAUGGAAACAGCUGUAUCAACCCCUUCCUCUACACUCUGCUCUCUAAUAACUACAAGGAAUAUCUCCAGAGCCACCAGAAGAGUGAUAUCUGUUUGUCUAAACUCAGGAGCAAGAGGUCUCAGCUGUCUGGGAGCCUUGGGCAAACAGAGACCACGGCCAUUGUCCAGAUCAAGGGAACGCUCUGCCAAGCCAGCUCUGUGUGA